AUGGUAAACAACCGUGGGAUCGAAGCUAACCCAGAGAAGAUAAAGGCCGUGCUCGAGAUGGAGGCACCCAAGACUCUAAAGCAGCUCCAGUGCCUCAAUGGCAGGAUUGCAGCCUUGAAUAGGUUCGUGUCAAGAUCGACGGACAAGUGCCUUCCUUUUUUCAAGGUUCUUAGGAUGAAGGGACUGUUCGAAUGGACGGUAGAGUGUGAGCAAGCACUAGAGCAGUUGAAAAACUAUCUCUGCUCGGCACCUCUACUCGCAAAACCAUUGCCAGGAGAGAAGCUCCACUUGUACCUGGCAAUGGCUGAUAGUGCCGUCAGCUCGGCCCUAACCAAGCAGGAGGGUGCGUGCCAAAGUCCUGUUUAUUACACCAGGCGUCUGAUGAAGUCGGCAUUGGAAUUGAGCGAGUACGACAUCCAGUUCAGGCCUAGAACCGCGUUAAAAGGCCGAGUAGUAGCAGACUUCAUCGCGGAGCUUACCCCACCGUCCCAGUCGAUCGAGUCCGACCUCUCGUGGACGAUCUACGUUGAUGGAUCUUCCAAUGAGAGCGGGUGCGGGGCAGGAAUUCUCUUGCUCGCACCAGGUGGUGAGCGAUUUGAGUAUGCUCUGCGAUUCAACUUCCCGACUUCAAAUAAUGAGGCCGAGUAUGAAGCACUUCUAGUAGGCCUGCGCGUUGCCAGAGGACUGGGGGCCGUGCACAUCAAGGUCUUUACCAAAUUGGCAUCAGCAUAUGAGACCGACCUGGCUCGAUCGGUCCCGGUCGAGAUCUUGGACAGACCUUCAAUCUUGGAGCCAGAUCUGAUGGAGAUUGAUACUCCAUCACCCUUUUGGAUGGACCCAAUCGUGGAGUUCAUCAAAGGGAAUCCACCGCAAGAUCCUAAAGAGCUAAAGAAGAUGGCACGGAGAGCAGCUUGGUUCACACUCCGAGAAGGAACGUUGUACCGACGUGGCUUCUCCCUGCCUCUGCUUAAGUGUGUGACUCCCGAAGAAGGCCUUUACGUUCUUAGAGAAAUCCAUGAAGGAGUGUGUGGAAACCACUCUGGCGUCAGUCGUUGUCGGCCAAGGUGGUUCGACAAGGGUACUAUUGGCCCACUGUCGAGCGGGAUGCAAAGCAAUUUGUGA